AUGAUGAACGACCUGACCCCCGAGCUAGGCAGGAGGAGACGAGCGGCUUGGGGAGCGCACAAGAGCAUCGAGGAUGUAGUGAAGAAGACCAGGAACAUCCGGCUCCGUGCUCACCUCUUCAACACCACCGUACUUCCUGCUUUGACCUAUGCUUCGGAAACCUGGGCAUUUCGCAAGCAGGAAGAAAAUGCGCGAUUGAUGAUUAGAGACGCCGCCGCGUUUACCAAGGAAAGUAAAAGGUGGGCCGGAUACGUGAUACACUUUAACGACAACCGUUGGACCAGAGGAAUGCAAAUAGCACCAACGUUGUACGACAUCCCGCCUCUCUCCCAAAAGAUCAAUCAAAUGUUGAAAGCGCUGGACAAUCCUAUUCUGCCUAUUGCUCCCGACGAGGACGUAACGGACGAAGAAUCGCACAUGUUAGAGAUGGUUUACGAAGGAAGGAUGACAGAUUUGAGGAACUUGUUGCAUACUAACAUCCUUGAAUUGCAACAGGAGACUGCAAAGAAAACGCUUCCGGUUUUAGCACCGAGGAAGAAGUUCGUCUUUGUAUCUGCGGAGACAAUAUCCACAUACAAAUUUGUAUGUGUUGCCCGCAGUGCUGAUGACUUCAGCCAGGAGAAGCGUCUGAGAAGGAGGUUGCAUCGUCAGCUGAAAGGUGAUCGUGAGAAGUAA